CUUCCUGGGCAUCUCAAGCACCCCCCCCCCCCAAAGGUCGGGGGCCGCAGCCUGGGGUGCGCGCCCUCGACCCCAAUCCGCAUACGUGCGCCGGAAUCUAGUGGAUGCGCGGCAGCAAACUGCCACAGAUUCCUUCUCGCCGCCUGUUAGCAAUAGCAGUGGACAAGCAGCGAACAAUCCGAGAAACAGAGUUUGGGGGAGGAGCAGAUAGCUUGGAGAGGAAGAAGAACAAUAGUGACAGCGUAGAUUCUUCUCUGCUCUCCUCUGUUACCCUCUCUCACUCUAAUACUCCUAUUACAAGGUCGGCCCAUCAGGCGACCCAGUCGCGGCCCACGAAUUUGGGAUUGGGCUUGUGCGGACGCCGGCUGGUCCUUGAUUCUGCUGGAGUGUUUCCUGUGGAGCUGUUGCUCGCGCUGCUAACAUUCCCCCCUCCAUGCGAGGAUGCUUGUCCACUGCUAUUGCUAACAAUUGGUAUCGGAGACACCUGGAGUGUUUCCUGUGGAGCUGUUGCUCGCGCUGCUAACACCGCCGCCACGCCAUCAUUCAUGGCGAGGCGUCGCCUGGCGGUACAAGAACCAUAAUCCAUGCUAUUCAACAUCCCACACUGCAAAUCACAAGCUCCUGUAGCCGCCGUCGUAGCAGCCAUUUCCAGCAUCCGCUUCUCCUCCUCCCUGCCGGCACUUGUUCCGCCGCCUCCGCCCCUGCACGAUGAGAACCCGUUCGCUGCGCUCCGCGGCCUCCCGGGCCUCGCGCGCCAGCUGUUCCGGUGGGCGGAGACUACUCCGUGUGGCUUCCCCCGCUCCGCCUCCGCGUUCGCCGCCGUCCUCAUCCCGCUCGCCCGAGCCAACCACAUCCGGGCCGCCUACCCUGUCUCCCUCCGCGCCCUGCACCUCGACCUCCUCCUCCCCCUGGUGUCCCUCCUGUCCGCUCCCCUCUCUACCGCUCCACGGUCACUAUUGAGCCUCCUCUUACGCUUGUCCACCAAGUACUCGAAGGAAUGCAAAGCCCGCGACGCCACGCUCGACACCUGUUCGACGCUGUGCUUGUCCGCCUUCCGCGAGAUGGCAAGCCACGGCGUGGCCCCUGACGUUAAAGACUGCAACCAUGUGCUCCGUGCAUUACGUGAUGCGGCCAGGUGGGAUGACAUUUGUGCUGUGCAUGAGGAGAUGCUCCAGCUUGGGAUUGAGCCCAGUAUUGUCACGUACAAUACUUUGUUGGAUUCUUUCUUGAAGGAGGGAAGGAAGGACAAGGUUGCCAUGCUGCUGAAGGAGAUGGAGACCCGGGGGAGUGGUUGCUUGCCAAAUGAUGUCACGUACAAUGUGGUGAUUACUGGGUUGACCAGGAAAGGUGACCUCGAGGAGGCAGCAGAGCUGGUCGAGGGAAUGCGGCUGUCCAAGAAGGCUUCAUCCUUCACUUAUAACCCACUUAUCACUGGGUUGCUUGCAAGGGGCUGUGUCAAAAAGGUAUACGAUUUGCAGUUGGAGAUGGAGAAUGAGGGCAUUAUGCCUACAGUGGUGACGUACAAUGCAAUGAUUCAUGGGCUGCUUCAAAGUGGGCUGGUAGAGGCUGCACAGGUGAAGUUUGCGGAAAUGAGGGCGAUGGGCUUGCUACCGGACGUGAUCACCUACAAUUCGUUGCUAAAUGGGUAUUGUAAGGCAGGUAACUUGAAAGAGGCUCUUUUGUUGUUUGGCGAUUUGAGGCGUGCAGGGUUAGCGCCGACAGUUUUGACCUAUAACAUUCGUAUAGAUGGUUAUUGUAGAUUAGGUGAUUUAGAGGAAGCCAGGAUAUUGAAAGAGGAAAUGGGAGAGCAAGGUUGUUUGCCCAAUGUUUGUACAUAUACAAUUCUCAUGAAGGGUUCGCUUAAUGUGUGUAGCCUUGCUAUGGCAAGAGAAUUCUUUGAUGAGAUGCUGAGCAAAGGUUUGCAGCCAGAUUGCUUUGCUUAUAAUACAAGGAUUUGUGCGGAGCUAAUCCUAGGGGAUAUUGCCAGAGCUUUGGAGUUGAGAGAGGUGUUGAUGUUGGAAGGCAUAUCUUCUGAUACAGUGACAUACAAUAUUCUUAUUCAUGGACUGUGCAAGACUGGUAACCUGAAAGAUGCCAAAGAGCUGCAGAUGAAGAUGGUCAGUAAUGGUUUACAGCCUGACUGUAUCACAUACACUUGCUUGAUUCAUGCACAUUGUGAAAGGGGACUUCUAAGAGAAGCAAGAAAGAUCUUUAAUAACAUGAUCUCAGAUGGUUUGCUACCCUCAGCUGUGACCUUCACUGUUAUUAUUCAUGCAUAUUGUAGAAGAGGAAACCUUUAUUCAGCAUAUGGUUGGUUUCGAAAGAUGCUGGAGGAAGGAGUUGAACCUAAUGAAAUAACAUAUAAUGUCCUCAUACAUGCAUUAUGCAGGAUGGGCAGAACUCAACUGGCUUCUCAUCAUUUUCAUGAGAUGCUAGAAAGGGGAUUGGUGGCAAACAAAUACACAUAUACUUUGUUGAUAGAUGGGAACUGUAAAGUGGGCAACUGGGAAGAUGCAAUGAGAUUCUAUUUUGAAAUGCAUCAGAAUGGUAUUCAUCCAGAUUAUUUAACACAUAAAGCCUUGGUCAAGGGAUUUGAUGGUCACGUGCACCAUACAAUUGAGUACUUGGAUAUUGUUAUUUUGGGUGAAUAGAUUGAUUGACCUCUGAAAGCUUGUCCUUUUGUCCUCGCUUCGCUGAUAUCUCCCUGUCAGAGGUGAUAGAUGGAGUUCCUGGGCCCUUCAUUUCAAACUGGAAACAAAAAGAGAGUUUGAAAUAACAUUCUCUGAGUUAAGCUGCUGGGUGCUUUCUAAACGAAUAGUUAAGCACAAACAUGCCUUCCUCUUGCUGGUCAGCGAUGGUAGAUGGAGCUUGGGGGCAAUUCCAUCCAAAAGAAGAAAAGCAAGACUUUGGGACCAUGUUCUUUUAGUCAUUCAGCUGGGUGCUUCCUAAAUCAGUAGCUGAUCACAAACAGGUCUUCCCCUUGCUGCUUAAACCUUGUCAGAAUUCCUUUCUUGGUAUCAUAGCCAUGGAAAUAUGUUUUCUAGUGAAAACUUGGUGGUAGGCAUCUGCUCCAUUUCUAAAAACCUCUCUUGAUACGUCCCCUUUGUUAUUUCCUUUUGAUAAGGUAACCUGGAAACCUGUUGGCCUUCAAUUCCUCAUCCAACUAGCUGAGACAGUAAAUGGACAUGGUCCUUUGCGGCUGACUUCAAUUAUAUAUAGGAUUUCUCUUGGUAAGAACAAACCAAGAAUUUUUUGUAACGAAUAAUUCUUGUAUCACCAUAAAUUUUGCCAUAGGCAUAAGUCAUAGUAUAUUGACCUGUCAGAUAUGUAACUGUAUUCUCAUUCAUUGAAUCAUUUAAUGAGAAGAUUAUUCAUUUAAAAAAUUCAGCUCUGUGCCAGCUGUUAUUGA